AUGGCUUCAGAAUAUACUAUUGACAUUGUCCCAUUAUUACCUGAACAUCGUCAAUCGGUCAUUAGUCUUCUAAUGAGUUCAUUUUUCAUACAAGAACCACUCAAUGACGUGCUCAAAUUUGAUAUUCCUCAUGAGCCAUUAUCAUGGACUAAUCAUACUAUUGAUGAUGCACUUCGUGAUCAAUGUUCAUUUGUUGCUAUUGAUACAACAACUUCUCACAAAGAAAUUGUUGGUAUUAUACUUAAUGGUAUCGCGGAUAAGGCGAAAGAAGACAAAUUUGUUUUAGAGUCUAAAAAUUUAAAAUUUAUUUUUUCAUUAAUGGAUCAGCUAAUGGAUGGUCAUGAUUUAUUUAAAUUAUAUAAAACUGAUCGUCUUUUUCAUUGUGAUAUUAUUAAUGUGGAUGAAAAACAGCGUGGUCAAAAUUUAAGUACUCGUUUAAUUGCUAAAUCAAUUGAUAAAGCUGGACAAUUGGGUAUUAAAGGUGCAUACGUUGUUUGUACAAGUUUAUUUUCACGAAAAGCUUUUAUGCGUCAUGGUUUUCAAGUUAUUAAUGAACUUUUAUAUUCUAAAAAUGGAGAUAAACGUUUACUAAAUAUGGGUAUACAUGAUCGAUGUAGUUUAUUAGGAAGACAGUUGUGA